AAAAAGGGAACACGAGUCCUCGCCUCGGUAACUCUUGAAUCUGCUCCAAACCGUUUUCUUUUUCUGAGAUCUCCAAAACCCCUCACCGGGGCUUAACGAAUUCUUGCCACUUAUCUUUAUUUCCCGUGUUUUAGUCUAGUGAAAUCCUGGGGGUUCUUGUGCCUGAUUCAUGAAAACUUGGAUUUUCCUUUUUCUUAGUUUCCUUGUUUUCACGUUGUCCUGUUUGAGUUUUGAAUAUGCCAUUUCUCAAUCGGAAAAGGCUGAAAACAAGUUUAGGGAGAGGGAGGCAACCGACGAUGCCCUAGGUUACCCCAAUUUUGAUGAAGAUGAGCUGUUGAACACACAAUGCCCUCGGCAUUUGGAACUUAGAUGGCAGGCUGAAGUGAGUUCUAGCGUAUACGCGUCACCUUUGAUUGCUGAUAUUAACAGUGACGGAAAGCUUGAAGUUAUCGUUCCUUCUUUUGUCCAUUACUUGGAAGUCUUAGAAGGCUCUGAUGGGGAUAAACUGCCAGGAUGGCCAGCUUUUCAUCAGUCAACGGUUCACUCUAGUCCUCUUCUAUAUGAUAUUGACAAGGAUGGCGUUAGGGAAAUUGCUUUAGCCACAUACAAUGGUGAAGUGCUCUUUUUCAGGGUAUCAGGCUAUACUAUGUCAGACAAAUUGGUGGUUCCGAGGUUGAAAGUUAAAAAGGAUUGGCAUGUUGGCUUGCAUACUGAUCCUGUUGACCGUUCUCGUCCAGAUGUUCAUGAUGACCAAUUAAUCCAGGAGUCUUCUUUGGACUCAUUCGCUCAGCCCAAUGAGAGUACAUCUACAGCAAAUAUUACGAGUUCCAUAGCAGGUCAUAAUGACUCAUCUCAUUCUGCCCCAGAACAUGACACCUUGAAUAGCACUAUUUCUGCUGAUAUUCAACAUGACAAUCAGCUUAAUGCAUCUCAAGAAGAUACCCAAGGCCAAGGGGAAAGAAACGGAAGUCUACUAGAUCCGGGCAUUAAGAUGCCUCUAAUUACGAAUAACUCUUCUUUGGCUUCUGGAUCUGAGAAAGUUAGCAAUGGGGAGAGUGGAAAUUCAGUGAGAAGAAAGCUUUUAGAAGAAAACGACUCAAAAGUCAAUGAGGAUGCCCAUACUGCAACAGUGGAAAAUGAGGGUGGUCUAGAAGCAGAUGCUGACUCAUCAUUUGAGUUGCUUAGGGACAGUGAUGAGCUGGGGGAUGAGUAUAACUAUGAUUACGAUGACUAUAUUGAUGAUUCCAUGUGGGGGGACGAGGAGUGGACUGAAGCACAACAUGAGAAACUGGAAGAUUAUGUUCAUAUAGAUGCACACGUUUUGUGCACUCCAGUAAUAGCAGACAUUGAUAAGGAUGGUGUCUUCGAGAUGAUUGUUGCUGUUUCCUACUUCUUUGAUCGAGAGUAUUAUGACAAUCCAGAGAAUAUGAAAGAACUUGGUGGUAUUGAUAUUGGAAAAUAUAUUGCUGGGGGCAUUGUUGUCUUCAACCUUGACACAAAGCAAGUGAAGUGGAGUGUUCAGCUGGAUCUGAGCACUGAUAAUGCAAAUUUUCGUGCCUACAUGUACUCUUCUCCUAGCGUUGUUGAUUUGGACGGUGAUGGGAACUUGGACAUUCUUGUUGGCACUUCUUUUGGCUUGUUUUACAUUUUAGACCACAGAGGCAAAGUUAGAGAGAAAUUCCCCCUUGAGAUGGCUGAAAUCCAAGGAGCAGUAAUUGCAGCUGAUAUAAAUGAUGACGGGAAAAUCGAAUUAGUGACUACUGAUUCCCAUGGUAAUGUUGCUGCCUGGACUCCGCGAGGAAAAGAGAUUUGGGAAACGCAUAUUAAGAGCCUUGUUCCUCAGGGUCCCAGCAUUGGAGAUGUAGAUGGUGAUGGCCACACUGAUGUUGUUGUCCCAACAGCAUCUGGAAAAAUAUACGUUCUUAGUGGCAAAGAUGGAUCAAUUAUGCGGCCCUAUCCAUACAGAACUCACGGUAGAGUAAUGAAUCAAGUACUCUUAGUUGACUUGAAAAAACGCGGGGAGAAGCAAAAAGGACUCACUAUAGUCACAACAUCAUUCGAUGGGUAUCUAUACCUCAUAGAUGGGCCCACGUCAUGUGCGGAUGUUGUGGAUAUUGGAGAAACAUCAUAUAGCAUGGUUUUGGCAGACAAUGUAGAUGGUGGGGAUGAUCUCGAUCUUAUAGUUACAACCAUGAACGGCAACGUGUUUUGUUUCUCUACUCCUGUGCCACAUCAUCCUCUGAAGGCUUGGAGGUCACCUUACCAAGGGAGGAAUAAUGCAGCACACCGGUAUAAUCGCCAGGGGAUUUACGUCAUGCCAUCAUCACGUGCUUUCCGAGAUGAAGAAGGGAAGAACUUUUGGGUUGAAGUGGAGAUUGUGGAUAGAUAUAGAUUCCCUUCUGGCUCCCAAGCACCUUAUAAUGUCACGGUGAGCUUAUUAGUUCCUGGUAACUACCAAGGAAACAGAACACUCAAGCAGAACCAAAUAUUUGAUCGACCUGGAAAGCAUCGGAUUAAACUCCCAACAGUAGGGGUAAGGACUACUGGAUCUGUACUGGUUGAGAUGAUCGACAAGAAUGGGAUAUAUUUUUACGAUGAUUUCUCUCUCACAUUCCACAUGUAUUACUACAAGCUGUUAAAAUGGCUUGUUGUCCUCCCAAUGCUGGGAAUGUUUGGCAUUCUUGUCAUUUUGCGGCCUCAAGAAGGCAUGCCUUUGCCUUCAUUUUCACGCAACACUGACUUGUGAUUUUGGAGCCCACUAGUGAUUAUCUGACCGUUCACUGAAAAGAACUCAGAGUGUAGGCUCUUGGUAGAAGCAUAGUGGAUUAUAUGAAUGGGAAUUAUGGAAUGCUGAGGGUUGAUCAUGGCUUUUGAGAUUCGGGCUCGACUAAUAUAUGUCUUGUUACAAAAGUUGGAUUUUCCUAUGGCAGAACCUGAGAUUGAGUUUUAAUAUAGAGGGUUAGUAUUGUGACUACUGCACUUGUUCUGUUGAAGAGCAGUUGAACCUUGUCAAUCUUUGUAAAUUGGAUCCGUUAAUCUGGGUUGUUGGAGUAUGGUUCUAUUUUCUUGGUUUUUCACGCUGGUUAUUUUGUGGAGUAAGGUUAAAUUUCUUAAAAGUUGGAUUUUUCAUGAGCAUGGUUGGCCAAGUUCUGUUAGGGCAGGGAAUAUGUGAACUUAUGUUGGAUUUUUNCGUCCCUAAUGUAUGUUGGCUUGUAUAGGGUAUAAAUACUUUUUUAGCGGCAAUUGCUGCCAAAGUUUUUGGCUUGGGAA